AGUCGAAGUUUAGUAGACAAACCACCAAAUAUGCUCAAGUCAAUCGCCAUUCUCGCUGUGGUCCUGGCCCUGGCCAGUGCCGAGCUGCACCGCAUGCCGAUCUACAAGCACGAGAACUUCGUGAAGACAUCGGCUAAUGUCAAGGCCGAGGUGGAGCAUCUGCGUGCCAAGUAUGGCCUGCCCAUGAGCCGUGAUGUCAAUGAGGAGGAGCUCUCCAACUACAUUAACAUGGCCUAUUAUGGCGCCAUCACUAUUGGUACUCCUCCACAGAGCUUCAAGGUGCUGUUCGACUCGGGUUCCUCCAACUUGUGGGUGCCAUCCAGCAAGUGUUGGUUCUUCGAUGUUGCCUGCAUGAACCACAAUCAGUAUGACCAUGAUUCCUCCUCCACCUAUGAGCACAACGGCGAGAGCUUCUCCAUCCAAUACGGCUCCGGCAGUCUGUCCGGUUUCCUGUCCACCGACACCGUCGAUGUCAACGGCCUGGUCAUCAAGAGCCAGACCUUUGCCGAGGCCACCUCCGAGCCGGGCACCAGCUUCAACAAUGCCAAAUUCGAUGGCAUCCUGGGCAUGGCCUAUCAGCAACUUGCCGUGGACAAUGUUGUGCCACCCUUCUACAACAUGGUCUCCCAAAAGUUGGUCGAUGACUCCGUCUUCUCCUUCUACUUGGCUCGCGAUGGCACCUCCACCACCGAGGGUGGUGAGCUGAUCUUUGGUGGCUCCGACUCGUCCCUUUACUCGGGUGAGCUGACCUAUGUGCCCAUCUCCCAGGAGGGUUACUGGCAAUUCACCAUGGACAGUGCCACCAUCGAUGGCCAGACUUUGUGCGAUGAUUGCCAGGCUAUUGCUGAUACUGGCACCUCUCUGAUCGUCGUCACCGAGGAGGCCUACGACAUCCUGAACAAUCUGCUCAAUGUUGAUGAUGAUGGCAUGGUCGAUUGCUCCACCGUGGAUACAAUGCCUGUGCUCAAUCUGAAGAUCGGCGGCACCAGCUUCACCCUGGAGCCAUCUGCAUACAUCAUCCAGUCGGAGGGUAACUGCCAGUCCAGCUUCGAGUACAUGGGCACCGAUUUCUGGAUCUUGGGCGAUGUCUUCAUCGGCAGGUACUACACUGAGUUCGAUUUGGGACAGAACCGCAUUGGUUUCGCUCCAGUUGCCUAAGAAUUCUAUUGAAAUAAAACGAAUUUUCUAUCGCAAAAA